AUACUUUAUCGGUAAAACCUUUUAAACUAUUUAUAGUUCAAAGCAAUUUUCAGAAAACAUGAUAUUCGCUUACGACUACUAUGUGGUUUUUGAAAAACUGUUCGUGUAUGUUUAAAUAUUUACCUAUCAGUAGAGGAAAAUGAACUUACUUUACGGCAGUUCUUCACAACACAAAGCUGGAAUACAUUGGCCUGAUAUAUGUAACAGAAAAUAAUUUGGCGUAACUGGAAGGGAAAGAAACAUUUGAGUAUCAUCGUAUGUUGAAUUCAAUAAGCAGUGAAAGUACCAACAAUAUCAACAAAUCAGAGAUAUAAUGGGGGUGCGGGGUCUGAGGUCAUACAUUCAGGAACACCGGGACAAGUUUUUACAAGAUUUCAAACUUAAAGACACAAAGCUAGUUAUUGAUGGCUCAAAUUUACUAUAUUUCCUUAACUCACAUUUUGAAGAAGAAAAUAUAUAUGGAGGAAAUUAUGACCACUUUAAUACAAAAUGUCGAGACUUCUUCAAUACCUUGCUGAAAUGUAAGAUCUUACCAAUAGUGGUAUUUGAUGGAGCAGACGACCCAGAUAAUAUGAAGUUGGAGACGAUUCUAAAACGUCUAGAUGCGCGAUUCAGUAGAGUUAAGAAAUGGAAAACAAAGGAAAUUCUACCUAUACUAUCAAAGCCUCUUUUGUAUCAAAUUCUUGAUGAGCUGAAGGUUCCUCACAUUGCCACCGUGUAUGAGGCUGAUAAGGAAAUUGCGGUUUUAGCAAGCAGAUAUGAAUGCCCUGUGGUGACUAAUGACAGUGAUUUCUACGUGUAUGAUUUAAAAGGUGGAUCAAUUUCUAUGGCAUGCAUGAUCGAAAAAGAACGAAUGGAUGUAAAUGGCAGUUUUUACAUACCGGUCAAACUUUACAGACGAGAAGCUGUGCUAAAAGAGUUGUUCAAGAUGGAAAAUGACGAACUGAUAUUUCCUGUAUUUGCAACAUUAACUGGCAACGAUUUUUUCGAUCCUUCAAGUAUUACCCUAAACUACCCCAAGCGACCGAGAGAACAGAUGAGUUUUGCGAGGAGGAAUAUACGUGUUGUCGUAGAAUAUGUAUGUAGAGCAGAAUUUGAGAGUGGACAGAAGGCAUAUGAUUACAUUUGUUCACAGUUAAGUCAAGCACAGAGAGAGCAGUUUAAAUAUUCUGUCGAUUCUUAUCUUGACACAAAACAAUUUACUCUAUUUGAUUUAGAAGCAUUCAUUGCCAAUUUAACGCAUGGCCACAGCAAAGAAAUUAGUAUUUUGUAUGAAAGACCAAGUACUGAAGGAAAUUUGUCCUUGCAAGAAUUAAGUUUGGAUGAGCCUGAGAAAUUAGAAACGGAGCCAAGCAGUUCAACUGACGAUUCGGCAUCAAUGCCUAGACAGGCUCACAAUCAUCGUCAGCAAGACGAGAAAUACAUGAAAAUUCUCAGUUUGGAAGCCUAUCACUACAAGAUAAAAACAGAAACAACUUACCAUCCUGGUUUGUUAAUGAGGCUUUGA